AUUGAGGCUAUAGCAUUACAUUUCAAGUUAAAAAUGAAAUUCUUCGUUGCUUUCGUUGCUAUCGUAGCUGUGGCUGUCGCCAGCCCCACCAAGCCCAUUUUCGCACCCGAAAUCAUCGACUUCCCUCUUCCCGACGGUGGUGCUGUCACUGAGCCAAUCGUGCCCUCCCCCGUUAUCGUUGGACCAGUCGCACCAGGCCAGCCCACUCCUCUCGUUCAGAUCAUUGUGAACGUGAACCACCCAGGAGCUGAUGCUGCUAUCAUUCCGCAGCCCGUCAUUGUUGACGAGUCCGAUGAAGUCAAACCCGACCCCGUUAUUAUCGCCGAAGAGGCUGAAGAAGGCCCCAUUGUCCCUGAACCCGUAAUCGUUGCUCCCAUCAACCCCAUCCCAGUCGCCCCCGUCAUCAUUGGAACCCCCAUCAUACCCUCUCCUGCCGUCACCCUUCCUGAGGAGCUCAACUAA